AUGGAGCCGGACAAGACAAUUGCAUCUUUCGAACAGGCCUGCUUUCGUAGCGCCCUCAUCAUUCCACGAUGGCUACCCGGCUCAACCAGCGUUUUCUGGUACAGACGCCAAGUCUCCGAAGCAACAUUUUUCUUCUACCUCGUCGACUGUGAGAGCCACUGUCGGCGUCUAGCUUUUGACCACGAAAAGCUCGCUGCCCAAAUGAGCCAGCACGGGCCGCCCGUCCAAGGUGACGCAUUGCCCUUUUCAUGGAUCGACCUAGACGAAACCGCCGAGCACAUCUUGUUCAAACACCAAGACAAAGUAUGGAAGUUUGUGCAGAAUGAUGGCACUUUGGCAGAGUGGCAAGGACCCUUUUAUGAAGGGCGCUUUGAUCAAGGCUGCCAGGAAAUGGCCUCGCCUUGGUCGCGCGAGUCUGCCGAUCUUACCCUCGUCAACCAGACGUCUCAGCGAAUCGCCUUUAAAUGGAUCAGCAACGACGGCGAUGCUCGUUUUUGCGGCCGCUUACAUCCGGGCCGCAGCCACGUCGUCCACUCGUGGCUUCACCACUGCUGGCGCUUGGAGCUCUCCGAGUCCUCUGCGCCGAGCAGCUCGGUGGCAUUCCAGGUGAAAAGCCGUCGCUGUACAGCUGUCAUCCAAGAUUCCCCAUUGGGUCUUUCUCUUCACUGGCAGUCCGAUUCUCUCAUGGAAAGCGACAACAACGGCCAUCCAGUCUCUGCAAAGGAUACAGGCCGCCACCGCAACGCAUUUCUGCGCCAAGGCAACGUCUGGGUACGGGAACUCGACGAUUCCGAGAGCCAAGUUUCCUUCCACGGUUUCUGUGACAACGAGUUCAAGGACGUAUAUACGUCUCCAGAUGGCCAAUUUGCCGUUGCCAUGCGCUGCACGCCAGCGUCCAAGGUGUCGGCGCAUUUUAUUGAUGUGAUGCCCCAUGAUCAGUUUCGGCCCAAGCUCGUCACCGAGAGUUAUCUCCGGGCGGGAGACAAUGUGGAAGUAAAACGGCCUUGUCUAUUCAGCCUCGGGACAAGAGUUGAGAUUCCCAUGGACAAUUCCCUGUUUGCAAAUCCCUACGCCAUUACCAAUAUUGGCUGGUCAAGCGAUAGCCAGAAAUUCUACUUCGUCUUCAACGAGCGCGGACAUCAGCAUUUCCGUCUAUUGGAAAUCAAUCGAGGCGGGGCUGUUAAGCUGCUCGCUGAAGAAACGAGCAAAACCUUUGUCGAUUAUCACCAGAAAGCAUACUUUAAGCUCCUGCCAGCCACAAACGAGCUCCUGUGGGCAAGCGAGCGAGAUGACUGGAACCACAUUUAUCUGUUUGAUCUGGACAAUGGGGAACUCAAGUGUCAAAUCACAAAGGGCCGAUGGAAUGUCCACUCCAUCGACCAUGUCGACGUGGAGAAGCGAAAGCUGUGGGUUCGCGCACUAGGCAUCAUGCCUGAUCAAGAUCCGUACUAUGCCCAUCUCGUGUCGAUCAACUUCGAUGGCUCGAUGCAGCAGGUAAUUACCAACGGCGAUGGAUCUCACACCUGGCAGUGGGGGCCAGACCGGCGUUUCUUAAUCGACACGUGGUCGAGGGUCGACCUUUUGCCACGAUCGGCUGUCCGAGACGCAGAAACUGGCCAAGAAGUGGUAUUUCUUCAACAAGAGGAGCUUAGUUCCGAGGUCCAGGGUAAAUGGCGUCCUGCCGAGCGAUUCAACGCACCCGGACGCGAUGGCAAAACCCAAAUCUACGGCAUACUAGUGUAUCCCAAAGACUUUGACGCGACCAAGACAUACCCUGUUAUCGAGUACAUCUAUGCCGGUCCGCAAGACUUUUACACCGCCAAGACUUUUCCCGUUUCGUCCGAUUUCCGAGCUCUAGCAGACAAGGGCUACAUUGUGGUCCACGCCGAUGGAAUGGGUACAAACUGGCGAUGCAAGCCAUUUCACGAUGUAUGCUAUAAAAACACCAGGGAUGCCGGGUUUCCCGAUCGCAUCGCCUGGAUACGCGCCGCCGCCGCAGCAGCAUCGCGCCCCUUCAUGGACCUGACGCGCGUGGGCUGCUACGGCUACUCGACCGGCGGCCAAAACGCCGCCGCCGCCGUCCUCCACCACGCCGACUUUUACCGGGCCGCCGUCGCCGGCGCCGGCUGCCACGAUAACCGCCUAGCCACGCUGGUAUGGAGCGAAAUGUACAUGGGCUACCCCGUCGACGCGAGCUACGACGAGUGCUCCAACGUGACGCACGCGCACAAGCUCGGGGCCGCGCUGAUGCUCUGCGUCGGGGGCAUGGAUGACAAUGUCGAUCCCGUGUCCACGCUCCGCUUGGCGCACGAGCUUAUAAAGGCAGAUAAAGACUUUGACAUGGUUCUCGUGCCAAAGGGCGCGCACCAUGCGGCUCAGACGCCGUGGGCACAACGCAAAAUGUAUGCCUUUUUUAAAAAGCACUUGCAAGACUAG